AUGGCUGCUGUGUUUGCUAAGAAGAGAGAAGAGGGACGACGGGCUAAAAUGCCAGAGGGCCCAACCUACUCCGUUCACGUGGGCCUGGACACCAUUAAGGUCCGCUCGCAGUACUUGGCGAGGCUUCUUGAAAGUCCUUGCAAGGGCAAUGUCACCCGGCAUGAGGACGGCCGAUACACGGUGCGGAUUCACAAGUACUCCUAUGAGGCACUCCUCGCCUAUGGCCAGUAUCUGCACGAGGACCGCGUGGACUGCAGGCGAGCUGCAAGGAAGCAUGCGAUUGCGAUUGCUGCAUCGAGCGGCUUGCAUGACAGGCAGAUCGUCUUGUUUUCAACGAAGCCCCAACUCCUCAUAUCCUAA